UUGGAGAUUGCUGAUUUGGCUCUGCAGCACUCACAGGAAUUCAUUCUCAGCUGGUUUCCUUAAAAGAAAGUGAUCCUGUCUUUCAGUUUAAGAAAAAAGCUGCAACUGUUGAAGCAGCAUGCACUUAAUAAGCUACUUCUAAAUCUGGCUUCAUUAUUUCAGUCUGUGGACUAGCAGACCAGAAACUGCAGAAUCCUUCUCAAUUUCUGGAAAUUAAGGGUGAGGAGGUAGGAUUAGCAUUUGGACAGCACAGACACCAGAGCUGCAGAGGGUCUCCUAGCACUGACAGCGGGGCCCUAAGACACCAGGGCACAAGGAGCAAGGGAGGCUGUGAUCCCGGCCCCAUGGAGCAGAGAUCCCCUACCAGGAAUGCAAGGAGGAGGAUGAGCCCCUGACAACAGGGUGCUGCUGAACAGUUCUUGCCCAGGCACGGUUCCCACAUCCCUGGCUGGUGAGUGAGGAAGCAGGGCUAUGACAGAACAGCUACAAAGGGCUCCCUGCGUGGCUGUAGAGCUGAUGACCUGAGCCUUGUAGAUGCAAGGUGCAGGGAAGACUGCAGUCCUGGUGGGGCAGCGCAGAAAUCCCAGCCAGGACUAAGACCUGCACUGCUGCAGAGCCAGUAACACUCAGUCCCCACACGGGCAAGACGGGGCGGAGAGGAGGAAAAGCUGCACUCCUGCCAGCUAUUACCAAUGUGUAUCGAUUUAAAUUGAAUCCUGCCAAGCCUCGAUGCAAGCCUCUGCGACAGAAAUGGAGAAGAUAAGGGUACGAAAUUCCUGGGUGCCAUCCUGCCUAUGGCAACCUAGAAUUCUCCAGGGCAGGCUCGCAAAAUCUUCACCUACCCUCUGGGACAGUACUUUGCAAGAACAGAAGGGAGAAUUACGGAAGCGCCUAUCCUACACUACCCACAAACUGGAAAUGCUUGAAACAGAAUUUGAUUCUACACGCCAAUAUCUUGAAAUUGAACUGAGACGUGCUCAGGAAGAACUUGAAAAAGUAACCGAAAAAUUGAGAAGGCAGGUGCUUUCUCCUCUGAAGACUUAUGUGGGAAGCCCAAAAUACUUUACAAGGAUACAAAACAAUUACCUAGCCUUACAAAGAAUUAAUCAGGACUUGGAAGACAAACUUUACAGGAUGGGUCAACAUUACGAAGAGGAAAAAAGGGCUUUAAGCCAUGAAAUAAUAGCGCUCAAUAAUCAUUUAAUAGAAGCCAAGGUGACAAUAGAUAAGUUAUCAGAAGAUAAUGAGCUCUAUAGAAAGGACUGCAAUUUAGCUGCUCAGCUGCUCCAGGGCAGCAAGAAUUACGACAGGGCACAUAAGCUUUCUGAGCUGCCAUCUGACUUUCAGGAGAGAGUCAGCCUCCAUCUGGAAAAGCAUGGAUGUAGCCUUUCUGUACCCUUGUGUCACACAUCAUUUGCUGACAACAUACCAACUUGCGUCAUCGCUAAGGUACUGGAGAAACCAGAGCCAAACAGCUUGUCUUCACAUUUGUCAAGUACAUCUGCAAGGGAUCACUCUUUUCAAGAUUCUGUUGGGAAGCUUGGCCAAAGGCCCCAAUAUAAGUCUGACAUCUACUGCAGUGACACCGCCCUUUAUUGCCCUGAGGAGAGGAGGAGGGAGAGAAGACAAAGUGUUGAUAUGCAAGUAAAAGAUGUGGGGUUUUUGAGGUCCCAGAACUCUACCGACAGCACUGUAGAAGAAGAUGGCUUCCAUUCUAGCUUCUCUCAUGAAGCCUUCCCGGAAUAUGUUACCUCUUUACCAACCUCAAGCUCCUACUCCAGUUUCAGUGUUACCUCUGAGGAAAAAGAGAACGCCCAGGCCAGCACUCUGACUGCCUCCCAGCAAGCAAUCUACCUGGGCAACAGAGAUGAAAUGUUUGAAAGAAAGUCAUGUUCUAGUUAUGAACAUCAGGGAAGUCCUAGGUUUGCCAAGUCGAAGUCUGUACAGCAAAUGGAACUUGCUGAUAACAAUGAGAACUCUCCCACUUUUACUAGGACUCUGCCACCUUAUGCCAAUGAGCCUUUUCAUUUCUCAGCCAUAACGACACAACAGGCAUUGGCAACUCAGAAAAUGCGUAAUGACUGCAUGAGCACCCAUCUUUCAGAAGAAGACUUACCCGGGCGGUGGAGGCAGCUGAGCGUAGAGGACAUUGGUGCAUAUUCUUACAGGAACGCUGGCAGAUUAUCACCCUGUAGCUUUUCGGAGCAGUACUAUAGCAGCCCUGUAAAAAAAACAGAGAGCCGAACAAGCCCCAUCUAUGCUGGUUACAAAGGAGAUAGCUUCUCAGAGGGAGAAGAUAUCUGUCAAAAUAGACUUGUGGAUUCUUGCUUCCUCAGAACAGACAGUGGCCUGAACAUUGACAUCAGCACUAGCUGUAAAAAGGACAAGUUGCCCUCUUACAAAACAAAAGAACCAAGAGACCAAAAAAAUGACAGGAUCACAAUGCAAUUGUGCAGUAGCAAAAAUAUCGAGAGUAGCCCAGUGUUGAAAAGAGAAUAUGUUGAUGUAAGCCCAAACAGCUCAGCAGAAUCCCUCAAUCAGAGUUCAAUGGAGGCUUCAGAGAUCCAUCAGUCUUCCAAGGAGCAAGGAAGCCAUUCAAGUCUUCACAGCAAACAGCAGUUUCAACGGACUGGGAGUACUGGUUUGAGUCGAAAGGACAGUCUUACAAAAGCACAGUUAUAUGGAACCCUUCUAAAUUAAAUAGCUUCCAAAACUGCAAUAAGAAAAAACAAACAACGUUUGAUAUUUCUUUUGAAUGACAGGGUUCUAAGAAACAGGAUUAUUAUAAAUUAUAUAUUCAAAAUGGUACUGUAUGUUUAAAACAACAAUCUGUACAAAAACAUUACACAGCAUUUUUCACACAACAUCCUUUCCAUCUGGAAGACCAUCCUUUCCCCCCUUUUAUAAACCUGAAAUAUUUUUAUAAACAAAAUGGUAUUUAUUAGAUUAUCCUUAAUCUAAGCUAUUUGAGCAACAACCUUUUUCCUUCAAGCAGGUUUCUUAUUUAUUUUUGUGCAUGAGGCCGUCAGUGCCUGUACUCUUGGAGGAAGAGGGUAAAAAUCAUCAUUGUGAUGACAAAAAUCAAACCCACUCGAUAAGAUACCAUCAACUCUGUGUCAAGUGAAGCUGAAAUGUAUGAGAAUGGUGAAUUUAAAAAAGUAUAUUUUUAAAUGAGAACAGAAAUGAACCCUAAGUUCUUUCAUACAAAUUUAUUUGAGUGAAAAAUGUACACACAAAAUAAUACAAUUAUUUUGUUCUUUUAUUCCAUUGUGUUUCUGCUUUCCUACUUUCCCUUGUAUACUACCUCAAAGUAAUUGAGGGUUUCUUGGUCACAUAUUUUCUGUAGGCUUGCAUUUAUAUUGUCUAAAAUGCAUGAA